CUGAGUCAAGCAUGCAAUUCAGCUUAAGGCAACAAGUUAAGGUCUCAUACAAAAUCACUAAGUCAAGCAAGCAAAGGAAACAAGUAUCAACUAAGGCUAGAGCUUCUUCCCAAGUAGCACUUCCUCAACAACCGCCAGCUUCUUCCCAAGUAGCACUUCCUCAACAACCGCCAGCUUCUUCCCAAGUAGCACUUCCUCAACAACCGCCAGCUUCUUCCCAAGUAGCACUUCCUCAACAACCGCCAGAUGCAGCUUCUUCCCAAGUAGCACUUCCUCAACAACCGCCAGCUUCUUCCCAAGUAGCACUUCAUCAACAACUGCCAGCUUCUUCCCAAGUAGCACUUCCUCAACAACCGCCAGCUUCUUCCCAAGUAGCACUUCCUCAACAACCGCCAGCUUCUUCCCAAGUAGCACUUCCUCAACAACCGCCAGCUUCUUCCCAAGUAGCAAUUCCUCAACAACCGACAGCAUCUUCCCAAGUAGCACUUCCUCCACAACCGCUAGCUUCUUCCCAAGUAGCACUUCCUCAACAACCGCCAGCUUCUUCCCAAGUAGCACUUCCUCAACAACCGCUAGCUUCUUCCCAAGUAGCACUUCCUCAACAACCGCCAGCUUCUUCCCAAGUAGCACUUCCUCAACAACCGCCAGUUGCAGUUGAUUACAGCAAAUACCGGCCACUAAACAGAGCUAUAUUGGCAGCAAAUUGGGAGGAAGCUCAAAUAUUCUUCAACCAACACCCUGCAGCAAUUCAAUCUCCACUUAACAGCCACUUAGAGACUGCAUUGCAUAUUGCUGCUAAAGUAGAUUUGACUCUGCAGUUGGUUGUAAGGUACCCUGAUUUGGGCGGUCAUAAGAGGUUAGGUAACGAUAUAUCAGCUUUGGAUGCCUUAGUUCUUGGUGACUGUUCCAUUAUUAACAAACACAAUCUAAACUUUUGGCAAAGUUUCAUAUAUUACUGUGUUUCUAAGGCCGAGUCAAAAACAAUUUUCCACCUCAUCACCUCACUACUACCAUGGCUUGUAGGGAAGAGCAUAGUAAACAAAAUGGUGCUGCACCACCAAGCUAUGAAGCUUCUUAAAUGCUUGUGUGAUCAACUCACAACCCUAAAUGAUACACAAGUAGUCUCAUUGGCAAAACGUGCAGUCUUUGAAGCAGCGAGUUUAGACAUUUGGCAAGUUAUCCUAAAUAUUGCGGAAGCACUUCCUACGUCCGUUAAUUUCAGUAACCACAAGAAGCAGGGUAUACUUCACAUAGCAAUAGAGAACCGUAGCGAAAAUGUUUUUAACCUUGUUUGUGGAACCACCAAUAUGCUUAGGACUAAUUUACCGCAUUUUGAAGACAUAAAUACUAAUACUCUUUUGCAUUUGGCUGGGAAAUUGGCACCUCCGCACAAACUAAAUCUUGUUUCUGGUGCAGCUCUUCAAAUGCAACGAGAGCUUCAAUGGUUUAAGGAAGUGAAAAAAAUCACACCAUUUAAUUACUUUCAACUUCCGAAUAAAGAUGGCAAAACUCCGAGUGUGGUCUUUACGGAGGAGCAUAAGGAGUUAAAAGAGGCAGGGGAGAAAUGGAUGAAAGACACAGCAACUUCAUGCACAAUUGCAGCAGCCCUCAUUGUUACUGUUGUCUUUGCAGCUGCCAUUACAGUUCCUGGUGGCAACAAUGAUAAAAAUGGCCUCCCAUUCUUCUCCAACCACAAUGCUUUCACAGUAUUCGCCAUCUCAAAUGCUGCAUCUCUCUUCACAUCAGCUACUUCCUUGCUCGUCUUCUUGUCCAUCCUAACUUCGCGCUAUGCAGAACAAGACUUCCUAUACGCUCUUCCCAAGAGAUUAAUCAUAGGCCUCUUCACCUUGUUUUUGUCCAUAAUAUUUAUGAUGAUUGCCUUCUCCGCCACAGUGUAUCUCGUAUUCGGGCAAAACAGAAGGGGAGUUCUUAUUAUGGUGGCUUCAUUUGCAUGUUUGCCGGUCACUUCAUUUGUGCUACUUCAAUUCCCUCUGCUGAUAGAUUUGGUGUCAUCUACGUACGGACGGGGCAUUUUCGAUCAGCGUGGCUUUCCCCAGCUCCCAUUUUGACUUGCAUGCCACUCAUAUUGAGUUUGUAAUGCUUUGAUCAUUUUAAUUUGUGGUUCUAGGCAUAAGUUUAAGCCAAAGUACAUUUGUUAUGAGCUUUCUCGUGAAUCAAAUAGACUAGUUUCACAUAA